AUGAUUAACAACAAACCUGCAUCACCCACGCCCGCGACCACCAUCCGGCGAACAGUCCCCUGGAACACAGAGGACCUCAUCCAUCUAACCCUCCAAGAUCUACGCCAGAAGCACCGCCUCAUCAAAAUUGAAGUCAGCUGCCUCAAGCACCUCCUCAAUGAGCCUUCUGACGACACCCCAGAAUCGCCUUGGCAUAAACACGGGGCUCUAGCGGGCUGGCGCGGCGAGAUCGCGCCCAUUCAAGGCCACGCCGUAGCACGGCGAGAAGUCAGGGACGGAUGCCACGAUGACAUCGAGAGUAUCGACGACUGGUACCGCAACGGCCACGCCGAUAGGUUUCUGAUAAAACGCCUGGCAUGUCAACAGAUCGAAGAAAUCGCCAGGAGACAGGCGGGCUCGCCGCCUGAUACCGAAAACACCAGACGUCAGGAAUGGGAACUACGUCAACUCUUCGAUUUAUCUCUUGGAGGCAUCAAGAACACUAUCAGCGCAUGCGGCGACGAGAUCUCGCAAAAGCAUAAAAGAAUGCAACGGCAGAUGGUCAAGAGAUACUGCCCGAACCACAGAUUCAAGGACCAGUCUUCCACGGAGUUGUAUACCCCGUUCAACGGACUGUUUCUGGAUAACUACAUCAGGAAGGGGAUCGAGGAGGGCAUCAUCGCCAUCGUCCCCGACGUGGGCCUGGAGCCUGGAUCCUCUGAGGAGGAACAGAAAACAUACAACAAAAACCUCAACGAGUGGAAAGCCCGGAGUGAUCAGGAUUACAAGAUCAUAGUCACCGACCCCGACCACCCAUCCGCCGUGACCAUUAAGUCAUUCAGCUUGCGCCACCCCGAGUUCGAGCGACUUACUGACUUCGACGGCCGCAAGCUGAUGUUCCAGACCGACUUCCGUCCGAGACGUCGGUAUCUCUGGUGGAUGUUUCUGUCCUCCGUCGCUGUUGCGUCGUGGCGGCGGCGAGACAGAAAUGGAAGUGGCAACAUAAUUGACGACCGAAUCCGCAAGGCCUUCGCAUACUGGGGCAGUCCGGGAGUAGGACAAGUCAACCCCGACGUGAUGAGGUCUUUCGUGCGUGCGAUUGGAGGUGGCGCGGAGAGAUGUCUCAACCGCUGCAAGCAUCGCCUGGGAGACCAUCAUGAUCUCGGUGUCUCGGUCGUCGCCUUCGACCGCCAGUAUCCCGUCAUCAACGAGAACUACGAACCUCACGUCUAUUAUUCGGACGAUGAUGACGACAUGUUCGCAUAA